AUUCUAUGUAGGUUUUUUUUUUUUUUUAAUUUUUAUUUGUUUCAGAGAAAAAGCAUUGCCCAUUGAUAGAACCAGCACCUGAGACCCCCACCUCCUCCUCCCCCCCGCGGAGGGAUACAGGUUUAAUGCUCUAUUUCCUUUUGCUCUGAAACUGGAGCGGCUAAAGGAUUAGGAGCACAAAAACAGAAUGAGUUAAGUAGAAAAAUGAGGUCUGGGAGGCUUUGCUGGGUGGGAAGCUCCCUGCUUGUGAGUGACUGCAGCUGCAGCCUAUGGGGAGCUACCUAGCAGCAAGCCAGGGGCUGGUUCUUUCUCCCCAUUGGUUGCCUUGGCCAGCACUGCUUCUGACUACAGAACUGCUUCUGACAUUGAGUAGUGAGGCAGCGUAAGAGGCACACACACACAUGCACAAGGGAGAUAUUCCCAGCCACGUAAGUACAACACCAUAGAAGAUGAUGUCUUGCUGAAAGGGAUAGGCCCUAGCCAUCCCUUUUUAUCUCUCUUUCCUCUCCCUUCUACCUCUACAAAAAUAACAUUUCUCCUUAUAUAUAAAUUAUAUAUAUAAAAAUAUAAAUCUAUAUUUUUCUUGUAAUUUUUUUUUUCUUUUUGGAAAGAGAGAGAGAGACAUAUUGUUUUUUGCAAGGCUAUCAUCUCAAACCCCAGACACAAAGCACCCAAUCUAAGAAGAUCUGAUUUUUCUGCAUCUUUUGAUCUUUGCAAUUUUAUGAUACACCUUCUUCCUUGGAGUUUACAUUGUGAAGAACAUCCCAUCGUGCUGUGGACACAAUUGAUCUGCUGUCCUCGAUUGAACUUUCCUAUGUGAUUAUAAACCGCAGUCUUUUAGCACGUUUGCUAUUGUCCAGCCAUCAGAUUGCUGCAAGAAUUUAUAUUUUUUCGUCUUCACAGCUUAGCUAUUCUUUAUUUUUUUUUUAAUUUUCUUGCUAAUGCUGCUAUGUCCCUUUUACUUAAGACUGUGUAGAAAUAGAUAUCCAUGCCUUUGAAUUUAUCCUGUUUCCUCUGUUAAAGCUUCAGACGCCAUCUACAGUUAACAAGAAGCCAACUUUGUUAUUGUUAGCAUAAAGUGGAAGGGAACCCAGGAGAAUGCUACAGAAAGCAGCAUAAUAUACAAUCAAGUGGAACUUAACAUUAAAAAAAAAAAAAAAGCAUUAUUUUUCUUGGUAAAUCAAAAUAUUUUGGAAUAAGUAAUCAUACAAAGGAAAUAUUCUUAUUAUUAUUAACCGAAGAGGUGUCUCUAUUUUUCCAAGUCAAAUAGGUUUGCACAAGACCUGGAUAGAACGUUCAGGUGCCAACGUUCUAAAACUUGUUACUAAGUUGCCCCAACGUUCUAAUCGCACAUCCAGAAUUUGCAGCCACUGCCUUAGCCCAUAGCCUAUUGCAAAAGCUUCCUUUCUAUGAAGCUAGCCUGAUUCAACUUCUAUUCUUCCACCUGAUAUUUGAUCUUGCACGUUUCACCCUCAUUUGUAUAUAUAUAUUUUUUUUUAAAGGCACAAAUUUGGUUGUAUAACCCUGUAAAAAAAAAAAAAAAUAAAGCACAAUAUCCCCCCUGUCUGCUGCCUUGUCCCCUUCAGCCUGGGCUUUGGUUGCUCUCUCUUACCCAUGAACAUACAAAGGUCGAACCCCAUUACGAUCACAAGGUAUGGGAGAUCGAGGAACAAAACCCAGGAUUUUGAAGAGUUAUCGUCCAUAAGGUGUACCGAACCCAGCCAGAGCUUCAGUCCCAAUCUCGGUUCCCCAAGUCCUCCAGAGACUCCUAACUCGUCGCAUUGCGUUUCCUGCAUUGGAAAAUACUUACUGUUGGAGCCUUUGGAGGGAGAUCACGUUUUUCGUGCUGUGCAUCUGCAUAGUGGAGAGGAGCUGCUUUGUAAGGUAAGCCUGAUGAUGCAAGUCUAAACAUUCCAUUUUCUUUGUUCUGCAAGUUAACUGUGUCUUAAUAAUGAUAAACCCAUGCUAUGUUUUUUUUUGUUUUUUUUUUAUUAAUAUUUGCCAUAUGUUCGAUAUACUCAUAGAGCUACAGACAUUGCAUGUUGUGGAGGAGGGGCACGAGGUAUGUGAAUUGACUUGUGUAGAAAGGUUGAGCCAGUCUAUCAAAUAAAGAAGUUUUAAUGUACCCAAAAAACAAAGAACUUGCAGGUGUGCAUGUAACUGCUUUUACAAAGGUAAAAAUGGAGAUGACUGCUUUGAUGUUCAGACAUUUGUGCUUCAAACCUGGACACAAAGACCCUUUUUUUUUGUAGAUAUACCUUGUGGCUCACAAGCAAAUCCUACAGACAGAAUGAGCCAUUGUGUGCUGGCUGCUCAAUUGGCUCACUUUGCCUUUUCAUGUCCUUUCAUCCAUUAUUGCUGACUGCAAUAUUUGCGGUGUGUGUGUGUUUGCUUUAGUAUUCACUUCAUUUGACAAUAUUCAUUUAGUAAUAUUUCUGGUAUAUGUAUGUAUAUAUAUAUAUAUAUAUAUAUAUAUAUAUAUAUAUAUAUACAUACAUACAUACACACACACACACACACACACACACACACACACACACACACUGUGCAUACAGUGUUUGCUUUUUUAUAUAUUAAAUUUUGCAGAUACAGUAUGUUAUGGCUAAUAAGGAGUUACAAUGCUCCAGGGCUGAUCUGCAUGUAGCUGUGAUGCAUGUAACUCCCAUCAUGCAUAUCAUUCAUUGAGGAUAAUGGGAUUUGUAAUCCCACACCAGAAUUGACAAGAGGGGGUUAUUUUGUCACUUGUUGCACUCUAGUUUUCCUGGACUUAAAUUCCCAUCAUCUCCAUCCAGGGUUAUGAGUAUAUUGUGAGCUGUGAUUCAUUGUAGUUUAUGUGCCAUAGGUACACAUCUAACAGUGGAUUACAACUGCAUGAUGCUCAUCCAGUAAAGUACAAGUAUCAAAUGAGUUGCAACUCAGUGGUUCUGCCCCAUGUCCCAUUAGGUGUUUUUGCAGUGCUCUGCUUGUUUGCAUUUAAAGGGUUAACCAUUGCAUUUUCAUUCAUCAUGCUUUUUUUUGUUAAUUAUUCAGAAGGCAACAAAAGGCAUCUUGUGAAAAUGCUACAUCUAGACUAGUCUCCUCCAUUCAUUCAUAAACAAUGGAACUUGAAUGAUGUAAUUGCAAACUGUAGACGGCUAAAUAAUUCCCAAUGGAUGCUGAUAUGGCAAUCCGUUCAGUAACAUUUCAAUGGAAUACUUUAUGUAACGCUUGAAAUGUAUUUAUAGGGAUAGACUAAUGUUAAUCACAGGUUGUGAAUGAGUCAUAUUUUAUGGUGUUUAUGAAUGCCUGUCUCCUGCAUAUUUAGAAAGGCUUAAAUAAAAGUUUGCAGAAAUACGGGCUCUUGCAUAAGCAACCACAGAACAACUUUAGGAGGCUCCCCCGGCUUAUACGAAAUGUACAUAUAUUUUUUUUCUUCUUUACGAUGGAUAAUAACUAAACAUUGUAUUACAGUUUAUCUAAACGAUCUGCUCUUGCUUGCUGCUUUCCAUUUCAAUAGAUUAAGUCAUUUUAAUGAGAUGCUUCUUAUAUCUGGUUACUGUAGCAGCCAAAUCUUUAUAAAGCGCAAACAAGUUCCAUAACGUGGUACAUUGUGAUUGGUACACAUGUUGGCAUUCAGUGGCCAUUAUAUAAAAUGACCAAGGGCCUUGCUCUCUUGAGCGCGUGCGUACAAGCUUAUGUAUUUUUGCAUACAUUUACCUACUUGAUACCAAUAUAUUUUCAGUAUAUUUUUCCUCUUUGUAAAUGUUGUUCAAGUUCUAUUUGAUACCGCACGGUUAACCCUUUAUAGUGUGUUUAGGAAACAGUGAACUCAGCACCGUAUACUGCACCCCUCCAUCCUCAAAGGGCUUAUGUUAACAAUGCAAUUUUAUAUGGUGGCUGAGCUGUUCCUUUACCAUAUGUUCUUUGUUCUAUGCUAGGUGAUUCAUAUUUGUUUCAUAAUUCUGAAUUUGUAAUGUCGAAUGAAUAUUCUGUUUUUAUUUUAAACUUCUCCUUUUGAUUUGUUUUUAGGUUUUCGAUAUUCGCUGCUAUCAGGAGUCAUUAGCACCCUGUUUCUGUCUACCUUUACACAAUAAUAUUAACCAAAUAGUUGAGAUAAUUCUUGGAGAGUGUAAAGCCUACGUGUUCUUUGAAAAGAGCCAUGGGGACAUGCAUUCUUUUGUUCGUACCUGCAAGAAGCUUAAGGAAGAAGAGGCUGCUAAGCUUUUUUAUCAAAUAGUGUCGGCUGUAGCACACUGUCACGAAGGUGGAGUGGUUCUAAGAGACCUUAAGUUACGGAAAUUUGUCUUUAAUGAUGGAGACAGGUAAGACUGAGUGCUACAUGAUGUUUAAAUUGAUUAUUUUAAAUGCCCAUUGAGUUUUAUUCUGUCCCAGUUUACAUUUUAGAUUUAGGAUAAUUGUUUCGAUUUGUGUUUUUUCAUAUGUCUUUUUACUUAGGGAUGGAUGGAUAGAUAGAUAGAUAUGCGGACAGACAGAAAAAUUUAAUUUGUCCUGAGAAAUUUUAUUUUCCACCAAAUUAUUAUCUUUGGGUCUAAUAUGUUGUACUGUGGUCUAUUAACAAAAUAGAGAAUUGGAGUUAGUGGACUACUUGUGAAAUAUGAGCUAAAAUAGUUGUAUAAUAAAAUCCAUAGCUUAAGCGAGAUUUUUUUUUUAAUUCUGCUAUAUUCACGUCAGAGUUGGUUCUUGUCUUUAAAUGUAUAGUAUUUAAAAAAAACGAACUUACCGUAGCACAAAUCACUAUUUAGUUAAUAAGAAAAGAAUGGUCAGUCAGUUAUUUUAACAUCUACACGCAAGUUUUGCCCUUUUUUAAAAUGUUGUUGUGUAUGCUAACAAAUGAUGGUACUCAUAUGUAUUCUCACAUCCUGCCUAUAUUGUAUAUAAAUCUCACAAAAUGUAUAGAUGUCUGGACGUUGACUUAUUAAAUCCCUUUUUCUAAUGUGACCAUAAUAUUCUGUUCUGCGCCCGAAUAAAACAUAUUUGCAAUAUGUUGUGAGCAUUUCAUUGCUUGCCUGCAUGAAAUGUGUCUGGGAGUUUUAUCACAGAUAUGGGAGGAUGUGAGCAGAGUCUAGUGUAGAAUGUGUGGAAUGCAGUGUAGUAAAUUGAUCUAAAUGUAGGUUAUAAUACACUGAAAAAGCACUCAAGGCCACAUUCAGGCAACACAUUAUCAGCAUAUGUGAGGGAAGCGGCCUAGAAAGUUUAAUUUACCGGUUAAUAUAUAAAUAAGGUUUAGGGAAAAAAAAAAAACUAAUAUCUCUUUUUUUUUUUAAAUAAUCUAAUGUCUCUAGUUUUUCUUUGAAACUUCAUUGAAUUUUCUACUUAGCAUUUUUUAGUCACUAUUGCAUCCUGCAAGAAUCAACUUGUCUGCCUGUGUACCAUCCAUAUAUGCAACCUUCCAUCCAUCAAAAAAAUAAUCUGAGCCAAAAAUAAAAAAAGAUUAAACGCAACAUUUUUUUCUUUAACAUAAACAUCAUUGAUCAAGGCCCCUGUAAUGUUAUUGAGGCUGGCUAAUAAUUAGUUCAGGAAAACAUUCAGAGCUUGAGGGAGACACAUGUAGGUACAGUAUUUAUAUUUAGGAAUUUCACAGCUUUCGCUUCUUAAAUUUUUUUUUUUUUUUUUAUUAUUGUGGAUAUUAUCUGCCUGUUUUGUGAAUGACUGAAUAUUGACGUAGAUGGUUUGUGAACUGAUAUAUCACUGAAGGUAACAGUAGCCCAUAUAUCUGUUGCAGUGCUUUACUAAUAGUUACCAAGAAUCUAAAUAUAACAUGAUCUGUGUUCUCGUAAAGCAGGCCUGAAACAAUAGAUUUUGACGUUAUCCUGGUAUGUCGUUGAUGAACAAAAUUUAGAUCUCCAGCUGUUGUAGAACUUCAAAUCCUGUGAUGCUUAGUCUGGCCUAAUUCUAGCACAGCAUUGUGGGAGUUGUAUUUCCCCUGCCUUUUAGAAGCCUCUGUGUUAGAUAAUACCAUGUGCUUCUAGGAGUGUCCCAUUGUUUUAAUCUUCUCAAAGCUAAAAGUCGUGCAGAAAGGGGGAUGUGUAACAUGAAGCACAACAGACAGAACCACAGCUGUUAGGAAUGUGAAGAAAGAAUUGCAGAAACCCCCUCAUGCACUUCUUCCACCAGUGCAGUUGUCCAUAAUUUUCUAUAUUCUGCAAUGUUGUAGCUCAGUUAAUCAGCUUCUUUUUUUUUUUAGGAAACUCCUCAUGACAUCCAGCCCCUUUAGUCUGGGUGAUAUUUAUAGUUUUUUGUUUUUUUUUCACACAGACUGGACCCCUACUUUAGAGUGAAUUGUAGGAACAUUACAUACUUCCACUUCCACAGAGUAAAAUAAUAUCCAAAAUGGUUACUAGAUUUGUAAGGUCACCAUAAACUUGAUUUUGUAAACAGGAAGUAACCUACUAUCACAAAGCCCAUGUGACUAGAACUGAUAUUUAAAUAGAAUUACAAUCCUUUGCUUGUAUCUCCCCCUGGGGAUGUAUAUUGCCAUAGGAGCUUCCUGUGAUUACCUGUACUCAUUUAAGAAGCAGCACACCUGAGAAAGCAGGACUACUUGAUGUGUUUUCUCAGGAUUUAAGAGCUGAUGGUGGCUUCUGUCUUGUUUGGCUAAGGAGGCAUUGAUAUUGGCUAUGGUUCUACUGAGCCACCAUUCCUCUGAUUGACCUCACAACAUAAAAUUGUACAGGGAGGUCUUGUGAUGUCCAUUAAAUAUUGGGUCCACUUGGUCCAGAUGACUUAAUAUGUCUCCACCCAAGCUCUUUUAAGUGUAUUGAAAAUUCCUCGAUUUCGCAGCACUAGGAACAGCGAUUCAGUCUGACUUUAAUCCUCUCGUAUGAAAUGAAUAAUAUUUAUUUUAAUUGUCGCUGUCCAUGUAUGGUCCUGUUACGCACAACUUGUUUUUAGGAAGUGCUUACAGUAACUUAAAUCACUCAGCCAUAUAGAGGCACUUUUUAACGCUGUGCGUGCCCCUGGGACUUGAGGCACAUUGCAAAGAAAACAGAGAGAAAUAUGUAAACUCUGUUUGUAAAAGGAUCUGCGUGAUUUACCUGCAGACAGAAGUGACUUUGUUUGGGUUAAAAGGAAGAGUUUGUUACAAUAUAAUUUUUGGAAUGUGUAGCACCCACUUCUAAAAUCAAAACUGUUAUGUUUUUACGUUUUCUAGCAACCUAGGCUAGAUCAAGAAAUUUUUGUUUUAAAUAUUUUUGUAAAGCAUCAGGUUUAACACUGCGGAAUGCUCUGCCUCAUACAAUGCACUAUUGAUGUUCAGCCCACUAUGAAACCUUUUAUAGCGCAUUGUGAGAAAAUACAAAUUCAUUAGCGCAAUCAUUUCUUAGACUCAUAAAAAUAAAAUUGCUUACAAUAUUACCAUUAAUUUAACUUUCUAACUAAAUUAUUUUAAGAGCGAUCUUGAUAGCUAGAAAUGGUUUGGGUAGUAGCAAAGUUUUCUUUGAAUUUAGGAGCCAGGAACAAAAGCCUUUUUUUAGUUAUUAUAAUUAUUUUAUUAUUUUAUAUAGCGCUAGCAAAUUCCUCAGCGCUGUACUCACACAUUUAGUUAGCCAUAUUCUUACACACAGUUACCAACUCUCUGUCAUACAUAUAAUUAACUACUAUCACAGCACAUCAAUCACCCUCAUACACACAAACAUACAAUUACACAUUCACUCACAAUUUACACAAAUAGACCCAAACAUGUAACUAGCCCAUGACAAUGAGCAGCAGUGGGAGGAGAGGUAGAAUACAUAAAUUAGCAAUUGUGUAUCAGAGGAACUUGUCAGUGGAGACUAUUCAUCUCUCCGGAUUGGCAGGAAGAAAUUUGAAAAGUAGGUCCAAUUUUUGAGGUUCCUUAGUGACUUGGAACUCUCAAUUUCUUGAACCCUGAGUUAUCCUAAUUUGAGUAGAGCUGGGUAAUCCAGGGCCAUUGGGGUUCUUCAAGACUGUUUGGGAGAAACUUUGGGAAUCAUCUUGAGCCCAGAUUAUUUUUGCAUGAUUUGAGCACCCUAAUUUAUGAUUAUUUAGAAAAUAAGACAUUGUAUUAUUUCACAGUACUCUAUACUUGUAAGCUUUUCCAGUUUUCUAAUUGCAUUAGCAAAAUAUUUGGAAAUUUAAUAAAUUAUCAAGACCAGUAAAACUAUGUUGAUCCUUUUCCAAUUGCGGUCAUAACACACAAGCUGGUGGUGGAUCAUGGGUGCUGUAGUUCAUCAUGUUUACCUCCCACGACCAAACAUUUGUUCCAGUCAUACGUUUAAAACCACAUGCUGUUAAAUUAGAGGGCAAUGAGUUCUCGAGAUGUACCUAUUCUUGACCAUGUUUUGCCUGUCAUUUUAUGGCAGUCAGCUGAUUGACUUAUGGUAUUGCUUAGCCUGUUGACCUUCCUUAAAAUUAAUUGAGUGCAAACAGAUUGAGGAAAUUGUUAAUCAGCUUCAGGAAAGAAUACAAUGUAAUCUAUGUUACAUAAAAAAAUGAUGACGUGUUAAGCUCUAAUGGAACAGCUAUUUUGUUUGUUUUUGAAUUGAAUGCAUGAUUUGCUUGCUAUUUGAGUAAAAUAGCUUUUCACGCUUGUACCUCCCAAUGUGUGAGCAUUGUUUUGUGGACAAACACAUGGAAGAGGGCCUUUCCAAAUCGGUUGUCCUUGACAGCGUGUGGGUGGCCAGCGAGUGUUGUUUCCAUAUGUGAUCUUCAUUUGUUUAAAAAUUGAAGGCAAGAUAAAGUAUUGUUGAACAGACUGAUGUCUGCGGGGACAAUUUCCUUCUGAUCCUUUUAAACACUAGACUAGACUCAAUUAGUGAAAUUACUGUAAGAUUUGUCAAUUCAUUUUACCCUUCCAGAACGAUAUCUUCUUUUUACCCAUAACCAUUAUAUUUAUUAUGACAAAUUCAUUUGACAAAACAUGACUACUGUGGACAUCCAAAAUUUAAGCAAAAAUAUGAAAUAAAGAAAAUAUGGAGAAUUCUUCUAAAUUAGAACUGAAAAAAUGUUUAAAGUCUGCAAUUUUGUCUUCCCUUUUGCAAACAUUUGCUAAUUUUAAAGCAACUUACGGCUUCAGAGUACCAUAAAUAAAAUGUAAAAAAAAAAAAUAACAUUGUGUUAUAUGAUUGAGGCUAGUGAUUCUCAAAUCAAGACCUAGGAAAAAAAAAAAACCCAAACAUAAGACCAACAUUCCAGGCUUUUAAAUAGUAUGCAGCACAAACAGAUCUAGUGUUACCAGAUAACAAUAUAAAGUAACUCCUAAUAGCAUCAUAUUGAUGAAAGAAGAGCCUUGAUUGAAUGGAGGGGAGCUUCCUAUUCAACUAUGACAGAUUUAUCAUGUUAUGCCGUAUAUAAAAUGUCUAUUAUGUUUCUGCAUAAUUAAAUCCAUUGCUUUUGCUCCUUAAAGGGACACAAAGGCACUAUGACUACCCCUGGCAUUACUACUAAAUAAGCUGUUAGCAUAGGUUAUAGCUCAAUGAAUUCUUUGCCUUUGUCUUAUCUUCUUUCUUUUCAGCCUCCCAACCCCCCAUACAUUGUGUGUCACCGUAGGAGGAACCUAUAUUUACCCAUGGCCAUACAAGUUCUUGUACAGUAUGUGAACACAAGUAAUAACUUGUACAGUUCACGUGUAAAAUUUUAUGAGCAUAAAUGGGUCAAACUCGCUCCCAUGCUCAGGUUUGAUUGUUUGAUUCAUGGUAAAAGAACAUUUAAGGUAUUCUUAAAGCUACGCCAUAGCUGCUCGUAUACAUUUGUGUUAUGUCAAUGAUAUAGCUGUUCCAAAAAAAAAGAACAAAAUAUAUUUUUUUAAUAACUAUUGUGUUAUGCAACAUUAUAUGAUUUUUAAAUUUGACCCUUGUUGUGACUUGUUUUGCACUCAUUUCUCAGUUACCAUUAGUUGUUGCAUAAGUUACCAGGAACUAAACUUCUGUGAACUUACAUUUGGCCAGAUCGAGACAGCAGUCCAAACUGCAAUGUUUUAUGAAUAAACAAGCCUUGUGCUGGAAAGGGGCUAUUAGCACAGAUUGGAGGCCAUGAACUAUUUAGUCUCAUCAGCACAUUCCUCCAUGAAUGAUAUGUAAAUGUGACCAUGGAUCAUCAUUUGGUUUGUAUUCAUAGCUCUAUGUUGCCAAUGUUAACAUCCCCCCCCCCACCUCCCAUCACCCUCCCCUCACCCUCUUUCACUCAAGCGGCCACAUGACAUAAGUCGGACAUAUUUUCUUUUGUUUAGCAUGUAAUUGCUGAAGAUGUACUUGUCACAGGGAACAUUAAAUAAUGAGUCAUUUAAAAAAAUUUUGGCAACUACAUCAAGGUGCGGGGCCAGGUACCAGGACCGUAUAAUGAAAGGGAAAUUUAUUCAUUUUUUAUUUUUUUUAUUUUACAAAAUUACUGCCAUUUACUUGAGUCUUAAUGAAAACCUUGAAGAAAACUCUUUUAAUUAAAUAAAAAUAGCAAGAUCUAUACUUAAAGAAAAGAGCUUGCCCAGACUUUCCUAAAAGUUAGGGGGGAAAAAAUGGCAGACACACAGACACAUGCAAAACUCACGCACACCGACACGUUUUGUCCAUGUAUGAGAUUUAACAUGUUAAGAGUCCCUUUAAUCUUUAGAAACGUACCUUUAAUUGGUUAAAAUUCUGUUCUAGAUCGUGUCUAUGUAUGAGAUCAAAAUGGUGUCUGUUACUGACAUUAUGAAAUUGUAAUUUAAUUUUUGAUGCAUGUUGUGUCCAAAAUCAAUUUAUCUAGUGUCUGGUUGUAUAGUAUUAGCACCCCCUCAGUUUUAUAAUGUAAUUAAUGAAAGGCAGAUACCAUCUCAGUUGGGAAGACUUUAAUGUAAUAUUUUUUGAUUCUUCUGCUAAAAGCUAUAAGCAUCCCAUUUUGAGCCCUAGGAAGUAAUAGAUGUUUGUGUUGUCACAAUUAGUAUUCUGUGCUUGUGCUCUGUGUCCUUUCCUAUGGCUCGUUUUGUUUGUUUUUAGUGUUAAGGAUGUUAUCUAGCUCAAAUGUAGACACAGGGAAAAUUUUGGAAUUUGUUUUGCAAAGUGUUUUGUUUUUUUCCAAAACAAAAUUAAUGACUCUAUGUAAUGCAAAUUACCUAGUGAAAGUUGCCUUUUUACUCACAUGCUUGUGUGGUUUUUCACCACCCUUUUCACUCCCCGUUCCCCCUGUUGGCUAGAAGGCUCCAUAUCUGUCUUAUCAGUGGUAUAUGAACUAUUUUAGUUAAAGGGCCUCUCCAGAUUGGAAUAUAUAGCUAAUAUGUUAAACUUAUUGAAAACAGUCAAUUAAAAAUACAUUUGAUUUUCUUGCAUUUGCUGAAAAUCCCUAUUCUUUGCAGCUUCUGCAGUCAGCUCUCACUGCAUCAAGAACACUUUUCUCUGGUCAAAAUAUUGCACUGUACAGGCACUAUUUAAGGGAUUUUUUUCAACAUAUUGGAGGGGUGAUGGUCUAUAUAUGUUCUCCUGGCACUUUGUUGCUGGUUAUAAUGGUACUGGGGUGUUUAACUCAAAAGGAACAAAGUUGGGGUGAAUGCUCUCUGAAGGUGAAACUGCAGGGAAAAGAGUCUGUAACAGUAAAAUUUGAACUGAAUCUGCAGUGAGUGCCUUAACCAACAGAGCUAUCUCACCAAAGUGAAUUCCUGAUUUUUAAUAAAGACAGUGUGGACUUAUUGCAGAAUUCACAGUUGUAACUGACAAGAUCUGCUAUAACAUGUUGUGGCCCAUCUAAAGUUACAGAACUUGACUUGGGGUGUAACUGUAUGUAAACAGCCUUCAAACCAUGCCGCAUUUGUCCUGUCCAGAUUUUCGGUUCCUAUCCCGCCGUCUAACCUUAAGUACCCUGGUAUCCCACUUUUUGGGCCACCAGGGAACUGUCCCCAACAAUCACAGCACAAGGGAAUCAAUUAAUGUGUUAUGAUUACCUGAAACAGUGCUCCCUUCAUUUCCUGCCCUCAGCAGGCCGGCAGAGCGUGAGGACCAAAAGCCUGUUACGAUUCCGGAAGCCCUCUAGUGACUGAUAGACAGCAACUGAGGGCAGACUUAGAACUGCAAUGUAAACAUUGCAGUUCUCUGAAACAACAAUGUUUAACAUUAGAGCACUAGGUGCAAAAGGGACACAGCACCCAGACCACUUCAAUGAGCUGAAGUGGUCUGGGUGCCUACAGUGUCCCUUUAAGUAAAUUUUGAACCCCCAUGUUUACUUGUGGAUGAUAGAUGGGAGAGGGCUGGCUACAUUUGGCCUUGGGGGCAACAACAAAUCAGCAAGUAAAUAGCCCAAUAAGCAAACUCCACUCCCUUAGUUAGUAUUAUAAGCUUUAUACUAAGAUUGCAAAAACUAGAAUACAAUAAAGGAAUGCAGUCACAUAAUAUUGCUUAGUUUUGUACUUUGAGGUCGCAGCCAACCGUUAAUAAUAAUAUAAUUUUUAACUUUUUUAUAGCGACAACAUAUUCUGCAACACUACAAUAUUUUAUAAAAAUGGAAACUGUAACAAUAAAUGAGACAAUUACAAAAUGUUACAGUAACAAUAGGUUUAUGAGGACCCUGCUCAAACGAGCUUACAGUUCUCUCUUUUGCUAGUCGUCUGAAGGGCAACUGCUCCCAUGCCAGCCCUCUCCUUGUAACAGGCCAACUAUUACCAACCAUAGUCUUGUAUUAUUUUUUUUUUUUUAUAAAGACCUCUCAUAAUAGAAGCUACAGCUGUCAUUGCAUGGUUAAUAAUUUAAAACAUUACUGGCCAUGUAUUUGUUUAACUGGAAACGGAUGCUUUUUUUUUAGACUCAGUAGGAAAAUAUAGACAUAUUGUAUUUCCCUCUUUAUUUGAUAAACUACUGUGUACAAUCCAUUGAGAAUACAUGUGUAAUGUAAAGAACAGGGGCUGCGGGUGGCAUGGAAGGAGUUUUUUUUUUCAGUGCUUUGGUAAACAAGUCUGGUAAUCUAGCAGCACCCACGCAUUCUGUAGCUAUGAUGUAAACCUCAUUUACAUUGAAUUAUACUGUUCUCUUUUGCAUUUGUUAUUGGCUUGUGUGUAGCGGCAGCAUUUGAUCAAAUUGCUCAAGAGUCCAGUAUGAAUUUCACCCUGUUAUCAUGAUUUUCGAUUCAACGUUUGCUGUGUACCCCAUCUUAAAAGGACACCCUAGGUAUCGACAUUACUCUACGCUUUUUAUCAUGGUGACCUUAUUCUGGGCAUGUUACAGCUCAUUCACUGAUCAUUACAUGUCCGUUAGUCCACCCAUUGUACAGCGCUAUGGAAUCUGAUUGUGCUAUAUAGAUAAUAAAAUAAUAAAAAUAAUAAUAAUUUAAUAGAUAAUGCAAUAAAAUAUGCAGAAAACCCCCAAACAUUCCUUUUAGGAAUUUGUCCAUCAGGGGAUAUAUGGGAUAUGUAGUUCAGCCACGUUCACAGUUUCACUCAUUAGUAGGUGAAUGGACUUGAUGUGUGCACACUGUACUCACAGUUUGAUUUUUCUUAAAGAGCAACUAUAAUGUAAAAUGCCAAUCCCCUGCUUUCCAUGUCAGAGGAAGCAGUCUUGUUAUUGCAGAGACUUAUUUGAUUAUAAGCCUCUAUGUGCAGCGAUACAGUGGCAGGACCUUAUCCUGUGCAACGACAAAAGGGUGUUUUGAUGCCUAGUGUCCCUUUAAUUAAGAGAUGGGCCUGCCAUUUAACCAAAUGUUAUAUUGUACUCACAUGUGUUUGUUUGAGAUAAUUUAUUUCAAUGUAUCCUGUAACACAGUCUCUAAUUCAUUGCCAUUGAAAAGUGUAUAGAAUGAGUGUUUUGCUUUUACUGUUAUGUGGGUUGCUAACCAGCUUAGCAUUAGGAGUAAAAUGGACGCACUAGCACAUACCUAGCGCUUUUAGUUUUAAUGCAAGACACAUGUAAGCUGACUUGGAGGGACACAUGUCCAGAAAUGUAAUCUAAUAUGAUAUAAUAGUUAACAGGCAGGCUUAAACUGAAGCUCAUAUCAACAUUUUGUUUAGAUAAUAUUACUAUAGCUGUGAAGAGAGUUUACUGUACACAAAUGCUUGUCUACCCAUAAUGCAAUGUUAUGUUCCCCCGAAACACUGUGCAUUGUGGAGGGCGUGCUAUGCCUUAUGGGUGCAACAAGUGCCACUACAAUGCAGUCAUCGAAGGAGCAGUGUUCACAUUUGCGUAUAAUGUCCAGUAUUCGCUGAAAAUUUAGCAAAUCAGGUUUUUCUUUUAUUUGAUAGUCCGACAAACAAGAUCUUACUUUUUAUUUCUUACUCUAUUUAAAGGCAAAAUAAACGCCUGCAAAAUUAGUUUGACCUGUAUUUUGAUUUUUUUCUUUUCAAGAACUGCAACCCUCUGAGGUAUUACCAGUUCUUUAGAGAUUGACUCAAUGCUGAAUGUUUCCAUUACAAGCGAGGGGAAGCCAGAGACAUAGAGCACUAAUUCUUCGAGACGGAAUGUACGUCUUUGUUUCCAUGGAAACAAGCUGGGAAAUCCAUGAGAAAUCAUUUCGCUCUGAUUUUCCCUUAUCAAGACGCCUUUCUUGUCUUAUUGGGUUUUUGUUUUUUUUCUUUCUUCCCAGGAUUUUCCAGUCUAGGAAAUACAUUUUAUUUCCCACCAAUAAAAUGCCAUAAAUCUAUUAAUUAAAAGGGACCGGACAGUUCCCAGUAAUCACAGUCAUUGUGGGGUUUAUAAAUGAUGUAAACCGAGGUAUCUGUCUGUGAAAUGGUUUCCUUACAGUUUAAUUGAUCAUAGUAUUUAUGUUGCUCUGCAGAGGGGGCAUAGCUCUGAAUGCGGUGACUCAAUUCUAUCAAAGUGCUUUUUGUGUUGAAGGGGGUUCCCUGUUUGUUUCCAUGGAUACGAAGAUGCAUAUCCUGUUUUCAAUGGCAUGUCUGCCUCUGAUUAAACUUUUGUGGUUUCAUUCACCACUAGUGGGAAAGCAUUCAAACUCAAUUGCUUCCUCUUUUGAGAGGCUCAUGAGGACUUCAAAGCAACAGUGAAAUUCUAAUCAGUAUGUUACAGUAUUGAUCAAAUAGUUAUUUUAUUUUUUUCUUUGCUUUGCUACCAUAAGCUAAAAUUUUAAAUAAUUUGAUUUGUACGUGAAAGAGCAGUAUCUUUCCAUUUUUUUUUUUUUUUUACAUUUUAAUAAGAUACGAGCUAAAUACUUUUUCCCAAACAUAUCGUUUGAUAAUUAUUGAGCAAGUAUUGUUCACUUUUUCCUUCACAAAAAAAAAAAAAUACAUAUCGAGGUGAAUGCACAGGAUUCUUUUCAGGUAGUAUUACUUUUAUAUUCACAAAUUUAUUUACAUAACUUGCUAGAAUGUCAGAAGUUUUGCAUUUUUUUUUUAAUCUAUGUUUGUCCCACAUAUUGUAUGUCACUAAAAUAUAUAUAUGUAUAUUUAUUUUUUUUUUACACAUUUUUCAGACAUUUUAAACAUAGUAAGGGAUACUAUAUUGUCCCUAAGAUUUUUAUGUCCCCAGUAUUAUAGUAGAAAAUGAGUGAAUAAAUUGAAAAUUAAAUUUGUGCAAAUUUACAUAACUAUAAUAAUCAUCAUAAUUUUUAGAUGGCAAUCUAUGCAGCAAACUGCUGUUAUAUCUUAUGUUUAAAUGCUAUUCUAUUUUAUUAAACAGAAAAGAGCUUGGCAGGAAAUUUAUACAACUGCCAUUUCCAAUAGGUUAUUUUCUUUGCUUGCUGAAAAGCUUUAGAUCUAACUGUGGGCUUCAUUCUAUUAUAAAAAACAAAGCAAAACAUGCCUCUGGUAUUUGAAUAGCAAUUUGGAAUAGAUGACAAUGGGAGAAACGUUAGGUUUAUUUCUUGUAAUAGAAUCCAGUUCUGAGAGCGAAUUAAAGGAGCACUCUAGGCACCCAAACCACUUCAUCUCUUCGCAAGUUGUCUGGGUGCAGUGUUCCUGUCGCCUUACCCCUGCAGCUGAAAACAUUGCAGUUUUGAAGAACUUGCAACGCUUAUGUUGCAGGUUUAAGACUGCUUCUAGGGCUGUCUAUCAGACAGCCACGAGAGGGGCUUCCUGGCUUUUCACGUAGUUUAAUUCAGUGAAACAACGAUGUCCGGUGUCUUGCAAAUUCAGUGAUAGCAUUGAUUCAGUGAUUUCCUGUGGAGAAGGCCUAAUGCACGUGUGCUGCCUCUCUUCUGCACUCCCCAGCCAGCUCUCCCCUGCCCUGCCUGCAGAACCUAUUAAGGCUGACUCCCAAUUUGUGGAGUGCUAGCUAUUGCUGUUAGUAUUUUAGAGAGUUCCUCCAGUAGACAGAGGGAACUGCGCAAAAACCUGAUGCUGACAGCACAACAUCUUUAGAUCUAUACACAGAUGUUGCUUGCACAACAUUUUUACAAAAUUAUACAUAUAAGAUGCCUCCAGUGAGUUCAUGUGUACCUGGAAGGGUUUGCAUUUGUUUUAUCAAAAAUUCUGCACAUAAACUAGGUCACUGAAGAAACCAUUGUGGCAUAAAAAAUAAUAUAUUAUACAUUUAAUUUAAAAAAAUCAGUUUUGUUGAUGAUUUCCCACAUUAUUUAUUGAUCCUUUACAAGACUUCAGUUCGCAGACAUUUAAGUAUUAAAUACCCACAACCAUCCCAAUUAAAUAGUUGGCCUAUUUCUGAUGCACACAAUAGAAUUCCUACGUCUGCUCAGGAAACACCCCUAUAGAAAUAGACUGUCAUAAACUAGGUCUAAGACCAUACAGUCUCUUUUUGUUUUUUGACUUUAACAGAGCGCAGACAAAUGUAGCACAACUAGCUAGCAAGUAAACAAUAAGAAUAUAUAUAAAUUGAAGAAACAAAAUCGAGAAUAUUGAAAAAACCAUGACAACAGUUUUAACAUAAAAUGAGUUGGAAAAUUUAGAAUUGACAGACACUGUUUUUGGUGCAAUGCUUGUAUCCACUACCAGUUUGUUUUUGUUUUUUUAAAUGUUCUUAAAAAAUGUCACCUAAGUAAAAUUCCAUUGAUUGCACAAUAAUGUUAUAUUUUAUUUACGUUUUGUCAAAAACUAAAACUUUUUUUUUUUUUGUGUUUUCAGGACUCGAGUAAAAUUGGAGAGUUUGGAAGACGCUUAUGUUCUGUCUGGGACUGAUGACUCUCUUUCAGAUAAGCAUGGAUGCCCUGCGUAUGUAAGUCCAGAAAUUCUAAACACAAAUGGCAGCUACUCUGGAAAAGCUGCAGAUGUCUGGAGUCUAGGUGUCAUGCUUUAUACAAUGUUAGUUGGACGCUAUCCGUUUCAUGACAUUGAACCUAGUUCUCUGUUCAGUAAAAUACGUCGCGGGCAGUUUAACAUUCCAGAGACAUUAUCCCCGAAGGCAAAAUGCCUCAUACGUAGCAUACUUCGUCGAGAGCCAUCAGAGAGGCUCACAUCUCAAGAAAUUCUGGACCAUCCUUGGUUUUCAACAGAUUUCAACACAUUGAAUUCUGGAUAUGGUGCUAAGGAAGUAUCAGAUCAACUGGUGCCUGAUGUUAACAUGGAUGAAGAUACGGACCCUUUUUUUAACUGAGCACAAAACUAGUUUCUUUUUGGUACUUGAGUAGAACGUGUCCACAUGAAGGAGUCCUUCCUGAACGUAUUAUUCAAAAUCUGUAUUGUCCUAGAGUGGUAACAUGUAAAAACUACGCUGGGCUCCUUGGUCCUGAGAAGGAUAGUCUGUGAGGAUCUACGUACACAUGUAGCAUCAAGGCUGCUAUGACUUCUUGUUUGGAGAAUAUCGGCAUGGAUUCGUUGUAGCUUCUCCUGAUAUGAAGCCAAGGACACUGCACACACCCCUUUCAAGUGCAGCUUUGUCACUCCUGUUAAACAAAAAAUUGUAAAUGUUUUGCCUCGCACAUCUUGGCAUCGCACUGUUACAUAUUUUACUUCUGCCAUUGAUCAGGGAAGGUACAAUUCGCUUACUUUUUACAUUUUUAUUUUUCUCAAUAUAUGUUCAUUCCCAAAAGUAUAUGGGGUAAAUAAAAAAAUAAAAAUACAUAGACCAAGUUAGAUGCACUGACAUGAUAAAAAGGUGGGUGCUAAGGAAAAUUUUAAUUUCUUCUUCUUUUUUUUUUAAGCAAUUUUUAAUUUUAUUUAAUUCUAAACUACUUACUACUCUUUUCAGGAUAAUAUAUUUUAAAGGUUUGUUUCCAUAAGGGGAAGUAGCUAGUUUAACAAGCUAUUUUGAAUUCUUUUUAUUUGUUUGCUAGAGGAAGUUGUAAUAAUUCAAACUUCCAAAUGUUUUAUUGCUUUGCUAACGUGAGAACAAUAUUACCUUUGGAAAAAUAAACAGGGUUUGAUAUACUGGUGACCAGAUUUGCCAUCAUGCACUAAAGCCAGAAAGGUAAUCGUGACAAGCUGCAGAACCAUUUUAAAGAAUAAUUUUCAAGUUAACAUCUCUUCAUUUUGUUACAAAAACAUUACAUUUCUAAUUAUUGGAGAUUAUUCUUUUUUUUUUUUUUAACAUACCAUUUCAAGGGAAAAUGUGUUUAUAAGCUAACACUAUCCUUUUUCAUUUAUCCCCCUAGCUCAUGGAUAUUGCAUUAAAAUGCACCUUUUGUAUUGUCGAGAAUUGUAUCUUAUUUAUUUUUAAAGAAAAUGUCACAGUUGUGAUGUAUUAAGCCAGUACUUCAAUUAAAUUACGGGUUGACUUAAAAUGACAUGUUACAUGCUGUACUUAACACAUAUAUUAUUUUUUCUUCUUUGUGUAUUCAGGCACUUCUGUCCCUAAAUAUUUCAUUUUUUUUUUUAAGCUUCUUAUAAAAUAAACUGGCAUUUAAUUUUCCCUCAUCACUUCUAUAUUGCUCUAUAAUAAAAUAUCAGCAUAAAUAUUUGUGUUUUACAGUACCUCAGUUGUUCUAAUUAUACUGUCUGUAUCUGUUUUGUGAACUGGUCACGUUUUCUGGGUAGGUACAUGUAGACUCUGUAAGUAUGUAAAUGUUACUUGAAUUUGUGCUUAAUUAUAGUAUGUGGCAUGUGCGUACAGCUACUCGGCAUUUGACUUUGGGACACUGUUUGCCUGCCCUUUGGGAAGUUUUGCUCAAAUUCUUUUUCUUUUCUUUUUUUUAAAUAAUGACUCGUGUUUCAAAAGCUGUGCUGACCUUGAUUCUAUUUUGGUAACUAAAAGGAGUGAUAAUUUUACACUCAAAAGAUGGUGCUGUGUCAAGAAGGUCUUUUAUUAUUUUAAUUUUAUUUUACAGGUUAUUUUCCCCCCAUCCAAACACCCACCCCAUCCCCUCUCUGAAGUAUAUUUUAAGAGGAGUGACUGAUGAUAAAGUGCAUGGUGGGGGUUUUCUGCCUCUGGUGCUUUGAAUGUUAUGUACUGGGUUUUAAUGUUUUGUCCUAAUCUCUUCAAUAAAUUGUGCAUAUUUAACUAAAACGCAUACCACAUUUUCCUUUGACUUAUUUUAUAUAAAAUAUUAUGCAUAUUCGUACCUAAACCCAGAAGCACAAAUAAAUUACAUUUUUGUUGGUAGUCACGAUUCUUUCUAUAAAACAUUUCUUUGACUUUGAGGUUGGUACAUUGGUAGCGG